AUGAGUACUCUCUUUUUUAACAUUUACGCUACAUAUCCCGAAGCAGGCGACGAUCACAUGUAUGGAACAACAAAAGAUAUACAGUGGCCAAAAUGUUCACCAGCAUCAUUGCGUGAUCAAGCAACAAUUUUAAUUCGACGAACAAUUCCAUGGCGACAACGUUCAUCACUUCCCGUUCCUAAUCAUAUCCAGGAGAUAAUUGAUGAAAUUCCUUCUGGACUUCGACCACUUGUACAUUUUCAUUUUCAUAAAACCUGA